UGCUGCCGCCUGGCCGUGCCGUGCCCCAAAGGGACCCCAAAGCUGGCCGACCUGUCGGUCAAAACCAAAGACGUGUGGGAGAUCCCCCGCGAGUCCCUGCAGCUGCUCCAGAAGCUGGGCAACGGGCAGUUCGGGGAAGUGUGGAUGGGGACAUGGAACGGCACCACCAAGGUGGCAGUGAAGACACUGAAGCCAGGCACCAUGUCCCCCGAGGCCUUCCUGGAGGAGGCUCAGAUCAUGAAGAGGCUGCGGCACGACAAGCUGGUGCAGCUCUACGCCGUGGUGUCAGAGGAACCCAUCUACAUCGUCACCGAGUUCAUGAGCCAAGGCAGCUUGCUGGACUUCCUAAAGGAUGGGGACGGUCGCUACUUGAAGCUGCCCCAGCUGGUGGACAUGGCUGCGCAGAUCGCCGCGGGCAUGGCUUACAUUGAGCGGAUGAACUACAUCCACCGGGACCUGCGUGCUGCCAACAUCCUGGUGGGCGACAACCUGGUGUGCAAGAUUGCUGACUUCGGCCUCGCCCGCCUCAUCGAGGACAACGAGUACACGGCACGCCAAGGUGCCAAAUUCCCCAUUAAGUGGACAGCCCCAGAGGCAGCCCUCUUUGGCAAGUUCACCAUCAAGUCAGACGUCUGGUCCUUCGGCAUCCUGCUGACGGAGCUGGUGACCAAAGGCCGGGUGCCCUACCCAGGGAUGAACAACAGGGAGGUGCUGGAGCAGGUGGAGCGGGGGUACCGCAUGCAGUGCCCGGUUGGCUGCCCCCCAUCCCUGCACGAUGUGAUGAUGCAGUGCUGGAAGAGAGAGCCUGAGGAGCGUCCCACCUUUGAGUACCUUCAGUCCUUCCUCGAGGACUACUUCACAGCCACUGAGCCCCAGUACCAGCCUGGGGACAACCAGUGACCCCAUGCUGGGAGAGCUGGGGGGGACAAUCCUCCCCUUUCUGCAGGGGGUUUGUUGCUCUCAUCACCUUCAGCCCCUGUGAGUGCCUUUGAGGCUGUGCAGGGGGUGUCCCUGGGGGGCUUUGCACAAGGAUUUUGGACUCAGGGGGCUGCGCCGUGCCCAGCUGUGCCCCCCCUCCCCCAGCACCUCUCUCAUUGCCUUCACAGCCAGCUUUGAACCUGAGAAGUGCUUUGGAUGGGGGAGGAAUGUGCCCCCCCCCCUC